UUAAUCGAUUUUGAUUAGAUGUGUCACACUACACGGCUGUAGACUGAACACAAAGGUCCCAUGUCGGGGAUGUUCCCCUCCCGGUCUGUAGGGGCGCUGUAGCGCUGGGCGUUUUGUCUAAACCGUCAGCCAUCUGCCGCAGUCAGUUAGAUCCAAGGGAAUGGAAAAUGGAGGACUGACUGAAGAGAAAACGAGGGCACGGCAUUUGUAAAAUGUAGGCUUUGGAGAAGAAGAUUGUAAGCAUGAAGAAGAGUUCAAAACUGAGAGGCAAAAUGUGGCAACCCAUUUGCUAGAGAAGCCAGAUACAUAUUUGAAGCCCAAAAGCGUUGAGAAGAGAGCUCUGGGAUUUUGUCAGUCAACUGUUGCAACAAGAAAUGCCAGGCGAGACUGUGACUGACAGCCCUGAAACCCGCUGUCCAGUACGGCGAAGUGGCAGACAGCCUAAGCGUACUGACAAGCUGGAAGAAUUUCUCUCAACUGCCAAAAGAGGAUUAAGAAAGAGCGCUCCCCCAAGUGGGGAUAGUGGAGAUCCUCCUUCUCAAACUCCAACUGAUGCAGAGACUGCUUCAGAAGCCAGCUUUGAUGGCAGUGUUGACUUCAAGGCUUCAGAGGACAAAACUGAUUCCCCAGAGAGGAAGACGAGAAGCGCUACAAAGAAACAGACUCAGAAGACGCCACAGAGAGGAAUGCAGACCAGACGGAGUGGCAGAGUAGCAGCCAAGGAUGAGGGAAGCUCUGAGAAUGAGGAGGAUAAUAAAGAUGAAAUCAAAAAGGAUCCAGAUCAGGGGACAGGAAACAAAGACAAAAACAGUGACCCUGAUGUUGUAGAGAGCAAUGAUACAACACCGCCUCAGCAGGAGCAAGACUCUAAGAAUGAGGAGAAAACAGAAUCUGAGGUGAAAAAUGAAAACGCUGAAGACUCCGAGGACAAGCCUCCAGCUUUAACGGAAAGAAGUGGACCGUUAAGAACAUAUGUCAAUAAAAAGAGGGCAGCAAAAAAGAACAGUACACCUGUCAGAGUUGUUGUGAACAAAAACACUGCUCCUACUAAGCCUAAAACUUCUGUUAAGACAAGCAAGCCCCAAAUGGAUGAGGAGGAGGAUGACGAUUCGUCUUCAUCUUCGUCUUUAGAUGAAUCUGAUGGAGGCUAUGACCCCAAUGCGUUAUACUGCAUCUGUCGUCAGAAACACAACAAACGAUUUAUGAUUUGCUGUGACCGCUGUGAAGAAUGGUUCCAUGGGGACUGUGUCGGAAUCACUGAGGUCCGUGGACGCCUGUUGGAAAGAAAUGGUGAAGACUACAUCUGUCCCAACUGCACUGCCAAGAAAAACCAAGUGGUCAGACCUGCCACGUCCCUCCUGUCUACAAGUGCAGAUUCAGCCAGGUCCACUGUUUCUGCAGGUGGCUCUUCUGCCACUGCUCCCUCCUCUGGUUCUUCUGAAAAAUCUGCUGUCAGUGGAGCAAACAUUCAGGCUGUAGCACCACCAUCUUCCACAGUAAGUGGGGCAGAGGAGAAAGCAUCGGAGGACCUGGGCAUCAAAGGUCGGAUAGAGAAGGCUACAAAUCCAACUGGAAAAAAGAAGAUAAAGAUUUUUCAGCCGGGGGUUCAGCUGGCAGUUCAACCGAAGGCAGCGCAGAAGGCUUCACGAAUUACGGAAACCAAGGCUUCCCCAUCGGUUGAACAGAAAGCAUCAGCCGACACCGAGCAGAAGGUCGCCUCUGUUGUGGAAGUGAAGACGUCACCAGAAGUGGAAGUGGUGGAGGACAAGUCCGGGCAGAAGGCCGAGGAUGACUCUUUCUCUCCAAAGUGCAUUGGACCUGGUUGUGCUAAGAAUGCUCAGCCAGAUUCUGUGUACUGCGGCCACGACUGCAUUCUGCGACAUGCCGCCGCCGCCAUGAAGUCCAUCAGUGAUGUCAAAGAGCCCAAGGACAAGGCUCCCAUAAGCAAGUCCACAGCAAAGGUGAGCAGUGCAGCUGGAAAGAGGACACAGAAGAGAACGCAGGAGGAGUCGGACAGCGAGGAAUCCCUGGGCCCGGGUCCUGAUGAAGACGAUGAGGACGAGCAUGCGGAGGAGCAUCCGCCGUCUCCAGCCACUGCUUCCUGGUCCAGCGACCAUAAUUACAUUGCCGUAACACCAGAAAAGACUACACCCAUAUCACCAACAGUGUUAAACAAAAAGUCUCCUCCCAAAGAAGAGAAGCAGGCUGUGAAGGAACCAGCUCCAUCUCCUGAGAAGUCCAGCUCCACAUCGACGACACAAAGCAAAGCCAAAGCAAAAAACAAGUCACCCCCAAGCAAAGCUGCAAAAGGUUCAUCCAAAGGGAAGAAAUCUUCAAAUCCACCCGCUGACUCAAAGACAUCUAAAAAACCUUCAGCUCCGCCGACCAAAAAUUCAUCACAGUCCAAGAAACUGAGCUCACCGUCCACCCCUGCUCCAUCCCCCUUUCCUCCAGGCCCCAUCCACGCCACAGGUGCUCUACGAGUCACCAAGUCCAACUUCACCAUCCCCAAGAAGCAGCCCCAAAAGGAGGCCAAGUCCCAAAGCCCAUCUCCUUCUUCGAGAACUUCAUCGGCUUCAGCAUCUUCCACUCCCCCCAGCCAGUCUUCAUCUUCCAGGUCUACACAUCCGCCCGCCCCAAUGUCCCCCAUGAGACCUCCACCCAACACCCAGAUGAGACAGAACAUCCGCCGCUCUCUGACAGACAUCCUCUUCAAGAGAGUGAGUGACAGUGAUGAUCUGAAAAUGACUGAGAACGAGGUGGGAAGGCUGGCGUUUGCCAUCGAGAAGGAGAUGUUUAACCUGUGUCUGAGCACAGACAGCAAGUACAAGAACAAGUACAGGACCCUGAUGUUACACCUGAAGGAUCCGAAAAACAAAGGCUUGUUCUACAAGGUGAUGGGAGGUGAUGUCACGCCCUUCAGGCUGGUGCGACUCGGCGCUGAGGAACUGGUUUCCAGAGAGAUGUCGGAGUGGAGGAGGCGUGAUGCUCCUGAGUCUCAGGCACACAGUGCGAGGGCUCAGUUGGGUCAGAACUGGCAGGGAAACAGGCAUGAACCUGGCUCCCACAGCACAGAUAUGGAGGAUGCGCCACCAACAUCUGAUGCGGAUGUAUGUAUUUCUGCCAACACUUCAGCUUCUCGCACGGGUUCUGCUGCAGAGCAAGAUGAGUCUGCCUUGGCUCCUGCUCAGUCUUCUGCCGUUGACAGCAGCAGUGACAGCAGCAAUGUGGCGGAUGUUUUCAGCAGCAUGCUCAAAGACACCACAUCUGAACACAGGACUCAUCUGUUUGACCUCAACUGUAAAAUAUGCACAGGACUGAAAGCGGAGGACGAACCUGCUGCUAAAAAAGCCAAACUCACCAGGAAGCCUGACACGAAGCCCCCCAGGCCAGACUCACUUUCUUCCCGGCCAGCAGACGCCUCUCCUGUCACUCAAACGCAAAGCUCCACAGCGUAUCAGCACCAGGGUUCUUCUGCUUUUCCAUCCCAUCAGCCCAGCUUGGAGCCAGACGUUUCAGAACCCCAACCUUCAGUCUAUCAGGAGGGCCCCAGCAUUAUGGCCCCUCCAGUUCAGGCCCCUCUAACUGUGGCCCCUGCUGUGUCCUCUGUCAGCAUCAGCCGCAGAGACCCUCGUGUAGCCAGGCACGCCUCUGUGCUAAAUGUUUCCCUAACUGCCCCAGAGAAACCCAACAUCAACGCAGCCGAGCCUCUUCCAGCUCCUGUGGUUACUCUGAUGGAGCCCGGAGUGAAAUCGCUGCUGCCCAUGCCUCCGGCUCCACUCCCUCCACCCGCUCCACCCGCUUUAGUGACUGUGCCCAAGCCUUCUAAAACAAGUACCACUGAGCCCCCACCAGAGGGAGAAACUGCUAUCUUCCUGCAUGGACAAGAAAAGCUGUGGAAAGGUUUUAUCAACAUGCAGUCAGUAGCCAAGUUUGUGACCAAGGCGUACCUGGUCUCUGGAUCAUGUGAACAUCUGAAAGAGGAUUUGCCAGACACCAUACAUGUUGGAGGCCGGAUACCCCCCGGCACUGUGUGGGACUAUGUUGGGAAGUUGAAAACCUCCCUCUCCAAGGAGCUGUGUCUGAUACGUUUCCACCCAGCCACAGAGGAAGAGGAGGUUGCAUACGUCUCUCUGUUCUCAUACUUCAGCAGCAGAAAAAGAUUUGGUGUGGUGGCAAACAACAGGGGCCGCAUCAAAGACCUUUAUCUGAUCCCGCUCGGCUCAAACGACCCACUACCCUCCAAACUGUUACCGUUUGAUGGGCCAGGACUUGAACCUGCUCGUCCUAACCUCCUGCUGGGGCUGCUAAUCUGCCAGAAGGACAGAAAGCGAGCUGGUGCUCAGCUCGAGUCCGAAGAUAAACGGUCCAAGAUUCAAACCAAAGAACUCGAUGAAACCGGCCCACCCAAGCUGCCUGCCGCACUCAGAGCUGAAAGGAGCACACGGCAGAGUCUGGAAACUUCCUUUGGUACCACUCCUCCAGGGUCACCUCCAUCUAACGCCUCCGAGACCCCCAGCAGCACUGCAUCCACGGUUCUUCCCUUCCCACUGCCUGUCAAAGCUCCAGCACCUACCACCACCGCUGGUCCAGUGCCCUCAUCUAGCUCUGCUGCUACCUCUGCAGCGGUCACCAAUCCUCUUCAGACCCUCCUCAAUACUCUUUUCAGGAAGAAGAAACUUGACUCUGAUGCCUCCAACUCUCCGUUGGAUCAAGCUGCUGAACUCCCCCCAAGUACGACAAUGUCAGAUCCUAUUGUGCAGCAGUUUUCACAGAAUCCCAAAGAGAAACUGCUAGAAUUAGAUGAGGAUGACCGCCCGUAUGACCCAGAGGAAGAGUACAACCCCAGUAUGGGCUAUGAGGUACCAAAGAAGCCCGCUGAGUUGGUGAAAUUGGAGGUUUCAAAGGAGGUGGAAGCAAAUGAACCAGAUGAUGUGGCUUAUGAUCCAGAGGAUGACUCUAUUUUUGAUGAAGUGAAAACAUUGGUACCAGGUCAAGCUCAUUCUGCUGCUCAGUGUGUAACAGAUCCACAAAAGAUCAUUGAGAACCUGAAAAGGAUUGGUGAUCAAGCAUUGCUGAAAUCUGAACAGAAAGCAUCAUCCACCACAGCCCUCAGUGCUCCAGUCACACUGGUAACCCCACCUCCAGAAUUGAUUUUGGCCAGUAGUCAGCUGCUUCAGCUAGGCAAGAAAGUUGAAGAACUAGUGAAGUCUUCCUCUGUGGCCCCUUUGAUCAACCAGAAGAGAGAUCCCAGGCAGGGCAGGGAUCCUCGCCUCGCUACAGAUGACGAUGUUUUAGAUCAAUCUGAAGAAAAAGAAGAUGAGGCUGCUCUGUUGACUGAAUCGAUUCCUCCUUCAAAGCCUUUGGUGCAGGAGCUGCAGGAGCCGCAGCAGCUCGCAGCUGAAGCUGCAGAUUCCUCCCAAAGCCAGGCGGUGGCCCUGCUGCAAGAAGAGAAAGGUGACCCAAUGCCAUUCAUGCCAUCCAGUAAAGAAGAAGUGACCAUUCCUUUAUUGGGUGAGAAGAUAGACCCUGAUGUAGAGGUCAACUACAUGGGGGAUGAAGAAAUGAAGUCUGAGGAAGAGCACACAAGCAGUGCAGAACUAGAGGUAGACAAGUACAGUCUUUGGCCCAAUGCUGCCAGUAUCCUGAAAUCUGGGGAGGACGACCAACACAGCAGAGACAGUUUUCACAAAGAGUUUGCAGAAAGGUCUAUUGUAACCUCCACCAUCCCUGUUCUUACUCAGAGCACAUUAAUGGCUGACAGCCAUCCACGUCACAUGACGCAUCGCACGCCAAGCUUUGAUGACGAGUACAGACCUGAAGCAGAGAUUCCCCCCCAGUCCAACUUCCCUGCUUCCCAUUCCAUGCAGGGGCAGAACCUGAUAAUGAGGCCCCCACAUAUGUCUGUGAUACCAUCCAUGCAGGCUCCUUCUCCAAUGCCAGGACACCCCCCCAUGCAUGCCCCCCCUCUGCACCUACACGGCCCCCCUUCUGUACGCAGUCCUUCCACAAUGCAAGGGGAAAGCAAUCAACAGUACGGCCCACGUCCAUCUUCUUACCCUCCUUACCAGAACCAGUGGCCCACACAGCUACCUCCUGGACUCCCACCACAGAACAUCCUUCCCCUCAGAGGGCCACCCCCACCAUUCCCUACAGUUACACAGAGAGGUCCCCUACCACAAAUGUUUGAACCCUCUGUCAACGCUCCACACAUUGGACAACAGGGCCCCCCUCCAAGCUUGCACCCACGUCCUACUUUUGACAGUCAGAGCAACAUACCAACUUCUAGAUUCUCUGGUCCUCCACCUCCUUUUAACUUUCCCGUAAACAGGGCUCCGCCUCCACCUUUCCAAGUCCCACCACCUGUUCACUUUGAAAACAGGCUCCCUCCUCCAAACCUCUUCCCAGGCUCCAGGGGUCCCCCACCCUCUCAGUAUGCUGACCAGCAGUAUAACAAAGACCUGUCUAACAACUCAUUCAAUACCAACGUGGACCCAAAUCAAAAUGCACUCCGUUCAUUUAGUGACACUCAGGGUCCCCGUUACCGAGGACCCCCACCAAACCAGUUUGAGGAGAGAAGAGGCCCCUCUUUGAGCGGGAACCCAAGCGGGCAACAAUUCCCUUCACAAAACCCAUUUGGAAACUCCAGGUCCAUGUCACCACCCCACCUGGGGUCAUUUGAAGAGCACAGAGGGCCACCAACUCGAGAGCCUAGACCCCACCUUUCUCAGCCUUUUGGUGGAUCAGAGCGAUACCAUUUCAAUUGGCAGGAUGACGACCACAGACCCGUUCGCCACAGUGCACCACUGUUGCCUCCCCCAAUGGAUGGCCCCCUUGGUCGUUCACGCCACGGAGUCCACAGCCCAGAACACCACAGGGAAGACCUUUGGAGUCGCCAUUCCCCUGAAGUGAGGAGGAGGAGGAGCAUUUCUCGUGAAGACUCAAAGCCUCAGGGGGGUGAACGCUUUAGUCGCUUUGAAGAAGAACUUGGUCCUGGCUCUGAAGACAGACAGCAAGAGCUGUCUGAGGACCGACGGCGAGACAGAGAGAAAGAAGGUCUUCACAGCAGUAGGUUGCCAUGGGACCGGGGACAGGAAAAGCGUUGGAGCCGAGAGCGAGAAUGGGACCGAGGAAGAGAAAGAGAGCGGGACCACGAACGCGGCAGAGAAAGCGACCGCAGCAGAGGGAGGGACGAAGAGGAAGAACGGCCCAAGGAUCAGGAGUCAGAAAAGAGAAGAGACCGGGAAAGAGAGAGGGAAAGAACUCGGGAUUCUGACCGGAGAGAUUCUGACCGGGAUAGGGCAAGGAACCGAGACCUGGAACGAGACAGAAGACGAGAGAGGUCGAGAAGUCGAGAUCGGGACAGGGAUCGUGGGAGAGACCGUGGAAAAGACAGAGACAGAGAUAGAGACCGAGACAGGGACAAGGACAGAGAUCGGGACAAGGAGAAGGACAAGGAUAAAGACCGGGACAAAGACAGAGACCGUGAUAAAGAAAAGGACAGGGAUAGAGACCGAGACAAAGACAGAGACCGGGAUAAGGACCGGGACAGAGACCGAGACAAAGAAAGAGACCGCGACCGGGAGAAAGACAGAGAUAGGGAUAAGGACCGAGACCGGGAGAAAGACAGAGACAAGGAUAAGGACCGAGACCGGGAAAAAGACAGAGACAAGGAUAAGGACCGAGACCGGGAAAAAGACAGAGACAGGGAUAAGGACCGAGACCGGGAAAAAGACAGAGACAGGGAUAAGGACAGAGACCGGGAAAAAGACAGAGACAGGGAUAAGGACCGAGACCGGGAAAAAGACAGAGACAGGGAUAAGGACAGAGACCGGGAAAAAGACAGAGACAGGGAUAGAGAUAGAGACAAGGACAGAGACCGGGACAGGGAUAGGGACAAAACACGAGACAGAGACCGGCAUGAGGGGAGCAAAAGCAGAGAAAAGAAGGAAGAGAAAAAGGACAGCAAAGGUCCAAAGGAAAGAACAAAAUCUGCAGAAAAUGAAAAGAACACUUCUUAGUCUUUGUGUUUUUGACCUUUAGUCCCAGUCUUCACUCACAACUGUAACCAGUCAGACUAAUCUGUAGAUGUAGAUGAGCAGUGUUUCUUUACAUUUCCACAGACAUGUUCUGUUAGCGAACAAAAAAACGAUUUGUAUUCUUUGUCACUUGAAAGUUUCUACCUUUGUUUUAUCUUAAAAAGCAAAAAAAACAAAACAACCUUAAGUUACUUGUCUGCGACAUGUAGAGUAGGUUGAGUCCUAUUAAGUGUACCUUCUUGAUUCUUUUUUUUUUUUUAAGAAAAUGAUAAUGCAACCGAUUAACACACCAUUUACAAAAUGUAAAUAUGAACAUAUUUGUGUACAUACUGAUGUUUUUAAAUUGUACUUUUCUAAGUUGACAAAAUAAAAGCCAUAUAUAGAAGACAGAAAAUGUGAAGGCAACACUGUUGAGUCCGUGUUCUACUACAGCUUUGUACUUAAGAGCUUUUACUGUCUACAGUGUACAACCCUGAAAUAUUAGAUGUUGAUUAAAAUGUGCAGAUUUUCUUUCAGUUCAUGCAAUAAAACAGUUUGGAAAAAUGAG